AUCAGCAAAAGCCGAAAGGACCUGCCUUUUAGAAUUGUUUAUUAGUCAGCUUGCUUUCGACUGGUGCCUUUAAUGUUAUUAAAAAACUGACAAUCAUAGAAGGCUUCUGAGCUAGAAGAAGACUGUUUAGAGCUCCCGACGUUUCUCUUUCACUUGGAUUUUGUUUAGGUUUUCAUGGGUUUAAGCUUUUGAGUGAGAGAGAAUUCUUCAUUCUGGGGGUUGCGUGGUGGUUUUAUUGACCAUGGAAAAGCAGCUUGGGGGUUCAGAGAUUCAUGGAUUCCAUACAAUGCAAGAUUUGGAUGUUGGGACUAUUAUGGAGGAAGCCAAAUCAAGAUGGCUCCGCCCAAAUGAAAUUCAUGCAAUACUCUACAAUUACAAGUAUUUCACCAUCUAUGUCAAGCCAGUGAACUUGCCCAAAAGUGGCACUAUUGUAUUGUUUGACCGUAAGAUGCUUAGAAACUUCAGGAAAGAUGGUCAUAACUGGAAGAAGAAAAAGGAUGGGAAGACAGUUAAAGAAGCUCAUGAACACUUAAAAGUUGGUUAUGAAGAAAGGAUUCAUGUAUACUAUGCACAUGGCGAAGAUAGCCCAACCUUUGUCCGGAGGUGUUAUUGGCUGCUUGAUAAGAGUCUAGAACAUAUAGUCCUUGUUCAUUACCGUGAAACCCAAGAGUUGCAGGGUUCUCCAGUCACACCUGUGAAUUCAAAUAAUUCUAGUUCUGUCUCUGACCCAUCGGCUCCUUGGCUUUUAUCAGAAGAACUUGAUUCUGGGGCUAACAAGGCAUAUUGUGCUGGUGAAAAUGAACUUUCAGAGCCUGGUGAUGGUUUGACUGUUAAGAAUCAUGAAAAGAGGCUCCAUGAUAUCAAUACACUUGAAUGGGAGGAACUUCUGAUUACAAAUGAUUCUAAAGGAGACAUAGGCUCAUGCUAUGACCAGCAGAAUCAAGUCGUAGGAAAUGGCUUCAUAAGUGGUGGAGCCAGCGUUAUAUCAGCUGAAAUGUCUGCUUUUGGUAAUUUAACCAAUCCAACUUUGAGUUGUGAUAACAUUCAAUUCAAUCUUCCAGACAGUCCGUAUGUUCCGACAGUGGGGUAUGAUGUGAAUUCAAAUGUCCAGAUAAGGGAUUCUAUUGCCAAGACCACCUGUGAUUCCUUGGACGUUUUGGUUAAUGAUGGAUUACAUAGUCAGGACAGUUUUGGAAGGUGGAUAAACCAGGUCAUGGCAGACCCUCCAGGCUCAGUGGAAGACCCAGCACUUGAAUCCUCAUCUUUAGCUGCUCAAAAUUCAUUUGCUUCUCCUUCAGCUGAUCAUCUUCAAUCUUCUGUUCCUCAGCAAAUAUUUAAUAUAACUGAUCUGUCACCUGCAUGGGCCUUUUCAAACGAAAAAACAAAGAUUCUAAUCACUGGCUUCUUUCACCAAGAGUAUUUACAUCUUGCAAAGUCCGAUCUACUCUGUAUUUGUGGCGAUGUAUGUCUUCGUGCAGAAAUUGUUCAGGCUGGGGUGUAUCGCUGUUUUGUACCACCACAUUUACCCAGAGUAGUAAACCUUUUUAUGAGUAUUGAUGGCCAUAAACCCAUCAGCCUAGUACUAAACUUCGAAUAUCGGGCUCCUGUUUUGAGUGAUCCAAUUAUUUCUUUGGAAGAGAACAAAAGGGAAGAGUUCCAAGCACAGAUGCGGCUUGCUUAUUUACUUUUCUCUUCAUCUAAGAGCCUUAACAUUAUAUCUAAUAAAGUAUCACCGAAUGCCCUGAAAGAAGCCAAGAAGUUUUCCCACAGAACCUCGCACAUAUCUAAUAGCUGGGCAUAUUUGAUGAAGGCAGUUGAAGACAACAAAACUCCCUUACCACUGGCAAAGGAUGGUCUGUUCGAACUCAUUUUGAAGAACAGAUUAAAGGAUUGGCUGUUGGAGAAAGUUGUUGACAGCUCUACAACCAAAGAAUAUGAUGCUCAUGGCCAAGGAGUAAUCCAUUUAUGUGCUAUUUUAGAAUAUGCAUGGGCUGUUCGCUUGUUUUCAUGGUCAGGCUUGUCAUUAGACUUUCGUGAUAGACGUGGAUGGACAGCCCUUCAUUGGGCAGCAUAUUGUGGAAGGGAGAAAAUGGUUGCCGUUCUUUUAUCUGCAGGGGCAAAGCCAAACUUGGUCACAGACCCCAGUUCAGAAAACCCUGGUGGAUGCACUGCUGCUGAUCUUGCAGCCCUGAAGGGGUAUGAUGGCUUAGCAGCUUAUCUGUCAGAGAAGGCUUUGGUAGAACAAUUCAAGGAUAUGAGCAUAGCUGGAAAUGCUAGUGGUUCCCUUCAAACUAGCUCAAACUAUGCAGGGAACUCUGAGAACCUCAGUGAGGACGAGAUAUAUCUGAAGGAUACUUUGACAGCGUAUCGGACAGCUGCUGAUGCUGCAGCACGAAUACAGGCUGCCUUCAGGGAGAACUCACUAAAAUUAAAGGCUAAAGCGGUUCAGUAUUCCACUCCAGAGGCUGAAGCACGUGGUAUAAUUGCAGCAUUGAAAAUUCAACAUGCCUUUCGCAACUUUGAUACACGAAAAAAGAUCAAAGCUGCUGCCCACAUUCAAUAUAGGUUUCGUACCUGGAAGAUGCGCCAAGAAUUCCUUAGUUUGCGCCGUCAAGCUAUCAAAAUUCAAGCUGCUUUUCGGGGAUUCCAAGUGCGAAAGCAGUACCGUAAAGUUCUUUGGUCAGUUGGAGUGCUUGAGAAAGCUGUUUUGCGGUGGCGUUUGAAAAGAAGAGGGCUUCGUGGGCUUAAUGUGGCCCCAGUUGAAGUCGAUUUAGAUCAGAAGCAGGAAAGUGAUACAGAAGAAGACUUCUACCGGGCCAGCCGGAAACAAGCUGAAGAGCGCAUUGAGAGAUCUGUUGUACGGGUUCAGGCCAUGUUCCGCUCAAAGAAAGCACAAGAAGAAUAUAGUCGGAUGAAGUUGACCCACAUUGAAGCAAAGCUGGAAUUCGAAGAGCUUCUGGACCCUGACUCUAACAUGGAUAAUUGAAGAAAUUCCUGAGGUCUAGACAGGCAAAUGAAAAAACUGGGGGUGGAGCUCUCUGUAGUUGUGUAGCCUGUAUAACUUGUAAAUGCCUAGAACAAAUAGUUUUGCGAUUUUGACCCUUUCAGACCGUUUUAGGAUUGUUGGGAGGAGGGUUCUAGUCUCAGUGACCGUAUCAUAAUGGGUCAGUCGUGAUGUGCUUCUUGGUUUUUAGUGUUCUUGUGGAAGUACCACAUCUUGUUCAUAUUUGUGUGUGUAAUCUGCUUCCCCACCAUACUAUUUGGUCAAUGUUCUAAUCAAUGAAGAACCUCAGCACUACCUUUUGGUA